AUGGAUGAGGAUGCCCGAGAUGCUGGUCUUGAGACGGCAGUGAAUGAACAUUCGAUCCAAGUCGAACUCUCGCCGAGGAGUAAACCUGCAUCCAUUUUUCACAGAUUUGGUGCAGUGUCGGAUGCGUAUGAAAACACCAUGUUCGAGAACGACUUGGUCAUGCUUUUCCCGAUACGUGAAGGUGGUGAACUCAAGAAACCGGAGUUGUUUACCAUGCAAGCGUUUGUCACUUUAUUUCUUGGAAGUAACUCAAAGCACAGUCAUCGUCCUUUCCAGCGCGUACUUCGAACCGCACGCUGCUUUUUGGACGAGCACGGAAAUGACAUGGUGGAAACACACAAAGGUGGCGGGGAUUGCGACAGAUUCGACAUUGAACAGCAAAUACUCGAAGCCGAGUACAAAAAGUUUGUUGGCUCCACCGAGUCCACGACGGAGUGUCGCUUCUGUGAACUGGUGGCCACUGCCAUCUCUCGCCGCGUGCAGCUCGCUUGUGGUCUCACUACGAGGAUGUUUCUCAGUGUUGACGGAGACGAAAUCAUCAUGUCGGUGAAGUCAGAGAACGAUGAUCUGCGUGUGGAGGCUGAUCGCACCAACUACCGACUGCAACUGAGCAACAAGCCGUUCGAUGUCAUGCUCCACAGAGAUAAAAUCUCGGAUCUGCGGCGUGAAAUUGGUGCUGAUGCGUGGCAAAAGUCUCUAGUUCUCCUGCGAGACAAACGGGGCACCGUCAACGACUCGGAUAUACCGGAGCUGGAUCCAUUUCUUAUCUCUCGCGGCGAUGAGAUCCACCCAUUAACUCGUAAAGCUCUUCGUCGCUGGGGACACCGAGAAGAAGCUGACGGCAUGUUCUCAGAUGACAGCAACCACAGUCAACCCGCGUGGAGUCGCUUCUGGACGUCCAUCUUUUCGAUACACCACGACCCGAUGACGUACUUCGCUCCAUUCGCCGAUUACCGUUACGAGCCCGAGUUCCAGCCAUAUUUCCGCCGCUAUCCGAUAAACUGGGGUGGGACAAGAGAGCAGACAUUGUUUACCCAGAAGGACCGCAUUCGUCUCGCGUCGGGUAUCGUGGAUCGACACAUUAACUUGGAUGCACUGCAGGAUGCAGGAUAUCUGAAGAGUCAAAUGUUUGCACUCCACGAUGAAGCUGCGCUGGAUGAGUUGCGUGCGACGUGGGCUUUGAACAUGAAGAUGCUGUACCAGCCUCUCCACAAAAUCCGGUACUAUUUUGGAGAGAAGAUCGCGCUCUACUUCGCGUGGCUCGAGUUCUACACGAAGAUGUUGCUGUUUCCAUCCAUCGCAGGGAUUAUCACGAUAAUCUACGAAGAAGAACAAGAUGAUGAAGGGAACAACAAUAACCGGGGAUACUUCUUGAUCGCCUUCGCCAUCUUCGUGGUCAUUUGGUCGUCGAUGUUCUCCGAGUUCUGGAAGCGGAAGAAUGGUCUUCUCGGGUCGCUAUGGGGGUGCAAAAGGUACAACGAGGUCUUCCAUUAUCGUCCUCAGUUUCGAGGAACCAAGAGCUACAACCCAGUCACCGAUGCAGAGGAGCUAACGUACGAGAGCCGAGCAAAAAGACACCGCUGGUUCGUCGUGUCCAUCACUGUCGUGACGUUCAUGGUAGGAAUUGUCAUCAUUGCGCUGGUUGGGCUGUUCGUGUUGAAGCAUUACAUCAACGACAGGGACAAUCUUCGGAACGUCGACAUCAAGUACCGAACGCCACUGACGCUGGCUGUGACUGUCGGCAACGCUAUCCAGAUCUUGAUUCUAAACAUGGUCUACAGACUCGUUGCUCGUAAGCUGAACGACCUGGAAAACCACCGCACAGACGUCGAGUACGAAAACUACCUUGCGAUCAAGGUGUUCCUCUUCCAGUUCUGCAACUCGUUCGCUUCUUUCUUCUACAUCGCGUUCAUCAAGCGGGAAGUGGAAGAUUCUUGUCUGUAUAGUGACGACUGCAUGAAAGAGCUGCGUGAUCAGCUGUUGGUUUUGUUCCUCGUUCGCAUCGUGGUAGGUAAUACAACAGAAGUAGCGAUCCCGUACCUCAAGUAUCGCUACCAGCUUUACGCUGAGGUCAAGACACAGGAACAGGACAAGAAGAAAGCUGGACAUAACUUGAUCGAAGCUCAAGCGAAGCUCGCACCGUACGAGAGCAACGAAGCCUUCGAGGACUAUAAUGAACUGGCGAUUCAGUUCGGCUUCCACAACUUGUUCGUCGUGGCCUUCCCACUCACACCUCUGCUAGCACUGGUGAACAACAUCGUGGAAGUGCAUGUGGACGCAUCGAAGCUCUGCUUUGGCUGUCGUCGUCCGUUCCCCGAGCCAGCCAAGAGCAUCGGCGUGUGGUUUUACAUCUUUCGCUUCAUGACGUACAUAACCGUCGGGACGAACGCGGCGCUUAUCUUGUGGACGUCAGACCUCUUCGAGAACUACAGCGGAACAGUGAAGGCUUUCAGCUUCGUCGUUGUUUGGCAAGUCGGCUUGGCGAUCUCGCUCUUCAUCGAGCGGACGGUGCCUGACAUGCCCAACCACCUCGGCAUGCUGCUGGAACGCUAUGACCACAUUGUAAACGUCGUGAUCAAGAAUCUUUCAGAGGGGGAUGUAUCGCACCUCAAAGAGGUGUCGGAGAACUUGGAUCUGACGAUCUACCCCAACGAUCAGUGGGAGGACAAAAGUGGAGACGUAAAACAAACAGUACUCGAGAUGCGCAGCCAAGAGAAUGAGGUGCGCGCGGCUAGAUACCCUCAUCACGACCUGGAGACAGUAAACGAAUCCAUGCCAAACAUCGACAACGAAUCCACCGUGUAG